AAUGAGUUAAGAUUCAUUAAUUUAAGAAGCCCUUUCUUAAUUUAUUAUGUUAAGAAGUCCAGAAGAAUUGGUACAUGAAUUUAAGACCUAAACUUUGAAUUUAGAAUAAAUAAGAUAACUAGUGUAAGUUUUCGAUCCAAAUAUCCCUAAUGAAGACAUUAAACACUUUUAUUUAAAGGUGAUUACCAAAUUCAAAAGUUCUGAAGGAAUAACAGCAGAUAUUUAUUAAUAAAUAGUUGAUGAUGAAGAAUUUACAUUGAGAGCUGGAUCAUCAAAUUCUUAUGAAUCUUUACCCUUAUUAAAGAAUAUUAUAAGAGGAGUCAGAGAAAAGAAGGUACCUAUCUAGAGAUUGUAUAAUUUCUAUGAUAAAAAUAAAGAUAAAGAAUUAUAAGACCCUGAAUUCAGAAAUUUAUUAGAAUUUUUUUACGUGGCAAUUACAGAUGCUCAAUUCAAAAAGCUUAGAGAAGAGUUUCCUGAUCAUCCACUUUCUGAGAGUGUUAUUGUUAGUCUUUUUGAAAAAUGGUAAGAAAUCGUUUUUGAAAAUACUUAAGGUGAUCCAUAAGUGAUAUUGGAAGCUCCAUCAAGUAUGAAUAUUUAUUUGAUUUUAGAAACAUAAAAUCUAUUAACUGUACCUAAAUAAAAUCAAACAAUUAGUUUAGAAUUGACAAGAGAAGAAGAUGAAAGAUUUAAAGAUUUUAUGGGAGUUGAUUUUAAGAUUCCUGGAGUUAAAGAAUUGGCUGAUCUUUAAAAAAGAUGCUAAUAAACAUAAGAAAUAUUUACAGAUCCUGAUUUCCCUCCAAAUGUAAAGAGUUUAGGACCUAAAUUCAGUGGCAAUAGCUGGUAAAGAUUGUAAGAACUUUUUUAAGGAGAACAAAAAGUUUUUUCAAUAGACACUUAACAUGAUAAAAGUGGUGUUGGUUUAAAUAAAUGGAUAUCUCAUAGAGAUAUUUGUUAAGGAGAUUUAGGUGAUUGCUAUUUUAUGUCAACUUUAAGUUCUAUAGCAUGCAAAUGGUAUAUAUGUAAAUCAAUAAUUUAGGCCUGAUUAAAUUAAAGAUCUAUUUCCAAUUUAAAGAGCAAAUAAAUUUGGUGUUUAUGGUGUUAAGAUGUGUAUUAAUGGAGAGUGGAAGGUUAUCCCUGUUGAUGAUAAUAUACCAGUAAAAAAUGGUAAAAUUGCAUUUACUAAAAAUUCUGAUAAAGAGAUUUGGGUGUCAUUAUUAGAAAAAACAUGGGCAAAAGUAAAUGGAUCAUAUACUAAUAUUGAUGCUGGAGAUCCUAGAGAAGUUAUCAAAACAAUAACAGGAGGUCCAGUUUGGUUAUUAUUAACAAACAAACCUAGUUUCAAAGAAAAUUUCAUUACUUGUGUUAAAUAAAAGUGUGUUAUGGUGACUGGUACAUNGAGAUUGUAUAAUUUCUAUGAUAAAAAUAAAGAUAAAGAAUUAUAAGACCCUGAAUUCAGAAAUUUAUUAGAAUUUUUUUACGUGGCAAUUACAGAUGCUCAAUUCAAAAAGCUUAGAGAAGAGUUUCCUGAUCAUCCACUUUCUGAGAGUGUUAUUGUUAGUCUUUUUGAAAAAUGGUAAGAAAUCGUUUUUGAAAAUACUUAAGGUGAUCCAUAAGUGAUAUUGGAAGCUCCAUCAAGUAUGAAUAUUUAUUUGAUUUUAGAAACAUAAAAUCUAUUAACUGUACCUAAAUAAAAUCAAACAAUUAGUUUAGAAUUGACAAGAGAAGAAGAUGAAAGAUUUAAAGAUUUUAUGGGAGUUGAUUUUAAGAUUCCUGGAGUUAAAGAAUUGGCUGAUCUUUAAAAAAGAUGCUAAUAAACAUAAGAAAUAUUUACAGAUCCUGAUUUCCCUCCAAAUGUAAAGAGUUUAGGACCUAAAUUCAGUGGCAAUAGCUGGUAAAGAUUGUAAGAACUUUUUUAAGGAGAACAAAAAGUUUUUUCAAUAGACACUUAACAUGAUAAAAGUGGUGUUGGUUUAAAUAAAUGGAUAUCUCAUAGAGAUAUUUGUUAAGGAGAUUUAGGUGAUUGCUAUUUUAUGUCAACUUUAAGUUCUAUAGCAUGCAAAUGGUAUAUAUGUAAAUCAAUAAUUUAGGCCUGAUUAAAUUAAAGAUCUAUUUCCAAUUUAAAGAGCAAAUAAAUUUGGUGUUUAUGGUGUUAAGAUGUGUAUUAAUGGAGAGUGGAAGGUUAUCCCUGUUGAUGAUAAUAUACCAGUAAAAAAUGGUAAAAUUGCAUUUACUAAAAAUUCUGAUAAAGAGAUUUGGGUGUCAUUAUUAGAAAAAACAUGGGCAAAAGUAAAUGGAUCAUAUACUAAUAUUGAUGCUGGAGAUCCUAGAGAAGUUAUCAAAACAAUAACAGGAGGUCCAGUUUGGUUAUUAUUAACAAACAAACCUAGUUUCAAAGAAAAUUUCAUUACUUGUGUUAAAUAAAAGUGUGUUAUGGUGACUGGUACAUAUAGUAAAAAUGCUGAUUAUUCUGCCAUUGGAUUAGAACCAGGACAUGCAUAUUCUAUUUUAAAUGUUAAGACUGUAAAUCAUCCAUAAAGAGGAUAAGUUCAUUUAUUAAAAAUAAGAAAUCCAUGGGCUCGUAAAGAAUGGAAAGGUGAUUGGAGUGAUGAAUCAGAGUUAUGGACUCCUGAAUUAAAAGAGUAAGCUGGUAAUACAGGAAGAGAGAAUGAUGGAAUCUUUUAUAUGUCAUUAGAUGAUUAUACCAAAUACUUCUUUUCAGUCUUUUGUGGAUAUUUCAAAACUGAUUACAUAUACAAUUCAAUGAGAUUUAAUAUCAAAAGAAACAAGGGAGCAUAUUUUGGAUUUGAAAUUAAAAAAGAAGGAGAAUAUUUCUUUGCCAUUCAUUAGGAAUCUACAAGAUUAUAUAGAUCUCAACCAGAAUUAAAAUAUGAUUAUUCUUAUGUUAGGCUAUUGUUAGCAAAGGAAUUACAACAUGGAUAUGAAUAUAUAGAGGGCAAAUUCUAUAAAGAUAUAGAAACACAUGUUGGUAGAGUAGGUGUAAAUUUCACUCCUGGUAAAUACAUAUUAUACAUAAAAAUUAAAUGGCAUGUACCAUCUUGGAAUGAACAUUCAGUUGUUUUGAGUACUUAUGGAGAACAAUAUGUUUAAUUGAAAGAAGUUCCUAGAGAUCCCAAUCUUGUUCCUUAAACAAUGAUGCAUUAAGUUAGAUCUAAUAAUAAGGUAGAAGAAGUAUUACCAGGAGUAAUGAUGAAGAUGGACAAUAAUGGAAAUUUAGGGUUAAUUAUUAUUUAAUAUUUUUAGAAUUGGUUAUAUUUACUAUAAGAAUGAAUCCAAUCAAUAAGUUAAUUUUGAAACCAAUUUAGUAAAUAAGGGAGGUUGUAAAUUAACUAAACCUGAAAGAGGUUAUUAUUUCAAGAGUUUUAUUCCUCCAUAAGGUGAAAGAUUAGUAACAUUUACAAUCACACCUCCAAUAACUGAGCUUUCAAUGCCUACAUUAAGUCAUAAAUUAUUAUGAUU